AUGGUCACCGACGAGAAAACUACCGACGCCAUACGCCAAUCUGACGAGCUACAUCGUAUGAAAAUAUCAAAAGUUUUCACUGAAGCAUUGAGACCGAGAUUAGUAGCAGCAAAAGAGGAGUUCGAAAUGGAAAUUUUGAAGAUCUGUGAAAAUGUGGCAGUAUACCAGGGCCCCGAUGGCUCUGCUCAACCACCUGCUGUUUCAUUUGGGAUGAUUGAAUUACCGUAA